UGUGUGUGUGUGUAUCGAUAUAUCUAUACAGUAUGAAAGAAUGUCCAGUCACUAACGAUAUCUCGUCUGAGGUAACAGUAAGAGUCCACCAGGCAGCCCAAGAGAAAAUGUUGGCAGAAAAUCUUUCUCACCCGCAUUUUCUUAGGAAACAAACAAACUCUCAGUAGACCCACUUGCGGCUGAUUCCCAACCCAGGUGUUAUUACUAUAAACCUAUCUUCAUCUUCACUCUCUCUCUCCCUCUCUCUCUCACCUCCAGAAAAAAACAGAAGAACGCAGAAAGUUCCAUGACAGCAAAGCUUUAAUUCUGCUGUCACUUUUCUUUGAUGCCACCAGGACUUUGCUUCAGCUUCAUCUUGUGAUUCAUGUAGAAAGUGGGUCUUAUACACUAAUUUAAGGAACUGAGCAAGCAUUUGAUUUUGGGUUUUUGGCUGAAAUUAAGUUAAGAAUUUGCAAUUUGGGUCCCUCUUAAUAUUUAAUCAGCUUAUUCUCAUCAGGGUCUCAAGGCAGAGAAGAAGAGCUUGUACAGAGAACUAGUGUUCAAGUAAGUUGGAAGUGAGUUGAUUAUACUCUGGGAUUAGUUUCAGCAAAAAUGGUAACCAGAACAGUUGAUCUCCGAUCUGACACGGUUACAAGACCAACUGAGGAAAUGCGUGCUGCCAUGGUAACUGCUGAGGUUGAUGAUGAUGUACUGGCUCAUGAUCCGACUGCAUUCCUCCUAGAAUCAGAGAUGGCAAAGAUCAUGGGCAAGGAAGCUGCUCUCUUUGUUCCAUCAGGAACUAUGGGUAACCUCAUUAGUGUAUUAGUGCACUGUGAUAUCAGGGCAAGUGAAGUUAUCCUCGGAGACAAUUCGCACAUCCAUAUCUACGAGAAUGGAGGAAUUGCCACCAUUGGAGGUGUUCAUCCAAGGACAGUUAAGAACAACGAAGAUGGAACCAUGGACAUUCAUUCGAUUGAAGCUGCUAUUAGGGAUCCUGCAGGGGAGCUUCUGUUCCCAACAACAAGGCUUAUCUGCUUGGAAAAUACACAUGCCAACUCGGGUGGUAGGUGCCUUUCCGUGGAAUACACAGACAGAGUUGGAGAAGUUGCUAAGAAACAUGGCUUGAAGCUUCAUAUUGAUGGUGCUCGAAUUUUCAAUGCUUCAGUUGCACUCGGUGUUCCUGUUCAUAGGCUUGUCCAAGCUGCAGAUUCUGUUUCGGUAUGUCUGUCGAAAGGGCUUGGUGCUCCAGUUGGGUCUGUUAUUGUUGGUUCCGAAACUUUUAUUACUAAGGCUAGAAGGCUUAGGAAAACAUUGGGUGGUGGAAUGAGACAGGUCGGUAUACUCUGUGCUGCUGCUGUUGUUGCUCUCCGAAAAAAUCUUAGCAAGCUUGAAGGUGAUCACAAGAAAGCUAAAAUAUUAGCAGAUGGAUUAAAUCAAAUUAAUGGUCUAAGAGUGGAUGCUGCUAAAGUGGAGACAAAUAUUAUAUAUUUCAAGGUAAUGGAGUACUCAAGAAUGACAGCAGAGAGACUAUGCAAAUACCUCAAAGAUCACGGGAUACUCGUGAUUUACGAGGGCGAAUCCAGGAUUAGAAUUGUUCUUCACCACCAAAUUUCAGCAAGUGAUGUGCAGUAUACUCUCUCAUGCUUUCAGCAAGCUUUAACUGGGGAACAUGAUGAAAAUGGCAACAUCUAGUGGGGGGAGAGAAGAAAUUCCUGAACACCCACCUACUCAUGGAGAUCUCUUAAAAAUGAUUAUUUGUCUUGAAAAGAAGUGUAUAAAUGAAAUAAUAUUAUAUUAAUCUUGGAUGUUUUUCAA